AUGGCGGCGAGUCAGGGAGGUGGUGGUAACAGUGGGGGCGGCGGUUGUGGAGGAGGUGGAAGUAACAGUGGCGGUGGCGCCGCUGGAGGGGGAGGUGGUGGGGCCGGAGGGGGAGGCGGCGGCGGGACCCUGGCAGUGCCCAUCCCGGUACCGACUCUUUUCGGUCAGCCGUUCCCCAACGGGCCGCAGUGGAACCCGGGGAGCCUGCAGCCUCAACACACAGUGAGGAGCCUGGACCGGGCCCUGGAGGAGGCGGGCAACUCUGGCAUCCUGAGCCUCAGUGGCAGGAAACUCCGAGACUUCCCGGGCAGUGGUUAUGACCUGACGGACACCACCCAAGCAGAUCUUUCAAGAAAUCGUUUUACAGAAAUUCCUUCUGAUGUCUGGUUAUUUGCACCACUUGAAAUAUUAAAUUUAUAUCAUAAUUGCAUCAAAACCAUUCCUGAAGCCAUUAAAAACCUUCAGAUGUUGACAUAUCUUAACAUUAGUCGAAAUCUUUUAUCAACAUUGCCAAAAUACCUGUUUGAUCUCCCCCUUAAAGUUUUGGUUGUCAGUAAUAAUAAACUGGUAUCCAUUCCAGAAGAAAUUGGAAAGUUAAAAGAUUUAAUGGAAUUGGAUAUUAGCUGCAAUGAGAUUCAGGUUCUUCCCCAACAAAUGGGAAAAUUACAUUCACUUAGAGAGCUAAAUAUAAGAAGAAACAAUCUUCGUAUGUUGCCAGAUGAAUUAGGAGAUCUCCCCUUAGUCAAGCUGGAUUUCUCUUGUAACAAGGUGACUGAGAUUCCAGUUUGUUACAGGAAAUUGAAUCAUCUACAAGUAAUAAUUUUGGAUAACAAUCCAUUGCAGAUACCACCAGCACAGAUAUGUUUAAAGGGUAAAGUACAUAUAUUCAAGUACUUAAAUAUCCAAGCAUGCUGCAGAAUGGAUAAGAAACCAGAUUCCCUGGAUCUUCCAUCACUGAAUAAAAGAAUGCCCUCUCAGCCUCUCACAGACAGUAUGGAAGAUUUUUAUCCAAAUAAAAAUCAUGGCCCAGACUCUGGAAUUGGAAGUGAUAAUGGAGAGAAGAGAUUAUCUACAACAGAACCAUCAGAUGAUGACACAAUCAGCCUUCACUCUCAAGUCUCAGAAUCAAGAAAUGACAGUCAUUCAAUAGGAAGUAAAAUGGAUUCUCAGAAAGACCAGGAGGUGUAUGAUUUUAUCGACCCCAACACAGAAGAUGUUGCAGUUCCUGAACAAGGAGAUGUACAUAUUGGAUCAUUUGUUUCUUUUCUUAAGGGAAAAGAAAAAUGUCCUGAAAAAUCUCAGAAAAAUGGAGAACUGGGAAACGACAAAAGACCUGAGAAAGAACAGUUACUUGCAGAGGAAGAGGAUGAUGAUUUGAAGGAAGUAACUGAUUUGAGGAAAAUAGCCGCUCAGUUACUGCAGCAAGAGCAGAAAAACAGGAUUCUUAAUCAUUCAACUUCUGUCACAAGAAACAAGCCAAAACAAACUGUGGAAGGUGAAAAGAGUGUCUCAGCAGAUGAAGUAAAUUCACCGUUAUCACCCCUCACAUGGCAGCCCUUAGAAAAUCAGAAGGAUCAAAUAGAUGAACAACAAUGGCCAGAAUCUCAACCUAUAAUCUGGCAGAAUGAAGAAAGGAGGCGGAGUAAACAGAUUAGAAAAGAAUAUUUCAAGUAUAAAUCAUCAAGGAAGAGUUCAAGUGGCAAUGAAAAUGAUGAGCAAGACAGUGAUAAUGCUAAUAUGUCACCACAAUCUCCAGUAUCAUCUGAGGAAUAUGACAGAACUGAUGGUUUUUCACAUGGUCCGUUUGGUUUGAAGCCUAGGUCAGCUUUUAGUCGCUCAUCUCGCCAAGAAUAUGGGGCUGCAGAUCCUGGAUUUACAAUGAGAAGAAAGAUGGAGCAUUUACGGGAAGAACGAGAGCAAAUACGACAACUUCGAAAUAAUCUUGAGUCCAGGUUAAAAGUAAUUUUGCCUGAUGACAUUGGAGCUGCCCUGAUGGAUGGAGUUGUUCUUUGCCAUUUAGCCAAUCAUAUAAGGCCACGGUCUGUAGCUAGCAUUCAUGUACCAUCACCGGCAGUGCCUAAACUGAGCAUGGCAAAAUGUCGAAGAAAUGUAGAAAAUUUUCUUGAUGCUUGUAAAAAGUUGGGCGUAUCACAGGAAAGACUCUGUUUACCUCAUCAUAUUUUGGAAGAACGAGGUCUUGUCAAAGUUGGUGUCACAGUUCAGGCUCUUCUUGAAUUGCCUACAACCAAGGCAUCUCAGCUAUCUACGGCUUGA